AUGCUUCUAAAUCCUGAGAUGGUGCACGAUAUGGCUGACAAGGGCGGUGGCAUCAUCAUUUGGCAAGAUUUCACCAAGCUCGGCAAAGUUAGCGGCAAAGAAUUGAACAACUUCACUGACAUGAUUUCCGGAAUGCUCCGAUUGCGACCAACAAUGAGUGCAGCAUUUGUCACAGCACCCAUCCUGAUCUCAGAGAAAAUCAGCAACAAUAUUCGUGACGAAAUGCGUCGCUUCGAGGACAAAUUCGAUGCGAAGCACUUGGCAAACUACAUGGUGACCCUGAGAAUGGAACUUCCUCCGCAAGCAAAGAAGGUGCCCAUCAUUUUUCAGGGUUGGCUCCUCAUUGACCAGUCCACUGAGAGUGACAAUAUCUUUGCUUGCAGCCAACUUGUCCAAGACAGGUCACCACGCAAGAUGAUACCGUUUCAGCCAGAAACAUCAUACAUCGUCCCCACGGCGGAGCGGGAUGCACUCCCUCAUGCAUCCGAAGGAAUGAGGCAAGGAGUCAAAUCAAAUCCUGAUACCAUUUAA